CGUGCUCACAAUCAAUGACGCUGCUCGUGAUUGGUCGAACGGGUCAAGGGGCGGGAACACGAGCCCCCAGCUCCACUACCCGACGUGGCUCCAAACAUCCAAGAUGGCAGCGGCUGUGUGUGAGCUGUUUGGCUUCGUGUUAGUGCAGCUGGAGGAAGUGACGCGCGUUGUUCUUCCUCGGCUCUUGUUAUUGAAGCAGAGUGUGAACUUUAACCUCCGCAGCUCACCGGCCGCGUGACAGGUUCCGUCCUGUGCGGUGUGAAGACAAGAUGUCGGAGCAGACUCUGGAGUACUUGAUGAGCCGGGGUCACAUCCAGAGGAGGGACGCUGCUGAGGUCAGCUGGUCUCACGCUGUGAACAGCCGCAGCCGGCUGACGGAAGCUCUCACGGGUCACACUCACAUGCUCGAGGCCGACGUCAUCAUCAGAGGUCAUGACCCCAGAGAGCCGAUCAUGGCGCACCCUCCUGACACAGACAGCGACAUCACACUGAAGGAGUGGCUGCAGGCAGUGAAGGCGCAGGACAAGGGGAUCAAGCUGGACUUCAAGAGCCUGGAUGCGGUGUCUCCAUCUGUCCACCUGCUGCAGGACGUGCUGGACCAGCUGAGCCAUCCCGUGUGGAUCAACGCAGACAUCCUGUCAGGUCCUGGGGGACAGGUCAGACCUCUGGAGCCUCGGGCCUUCCUGUCUGCUGCCACAGCUCUCCCCUCUCACACUGUGCUGUCUCUGGGCUGGACCACAGGGUGGACUGCAGGGACAGACAGCCCAGGGUACAGCUGGGACAUGGUGCGUGUGAUGGAGGAGCUGUGCAGGGGUCUCGAACACCCGGUCACCUUCCCAGUGCGCGCCGCUCUCCUCUCCCAGUCCUUCUCCCAGCUCAGCUGGCUGCUGCAGCAGUCACACAGGUACUCUCUCACAGUGUGGACCGCACAGAGGGACGAGUACUCGCUGCAGGACUUCCUGUCCUACAGGAGACAGCUGGACAUCAGCAGGAUCUACUACGACCUGCCGGACCCUCAGAGGACAGAGCUCAGUGAGACAUCACAAGACGACAACUGAGAGUCUGCAGCACAGAGGGACAUGUCUCAUCUGACAGACUGAAGUGGAGACAGGAGAGUGGAACUGUCCUCUGGUCCACCUGUCCUCUGGUCCAUCUGCCAUGGAUCACACUAGGCUCUGACCAGGAGCACCCAGGGGUCUGCAAGAUAGUCCUUAAAGGCAUAGUGCACCCAAAAAUGUAAAUGCAGCCAUUAUCUACUCACCCAUAUGGCGAGGGAGGCUCAGGUGAAGUUUUAGAGUCCUCACAUCACUUGCAGAGAUCCAAGGGGAGAGGAGGUAGCAACACAACUCCACCUAAUGGAGGCUGACGGCGCCCCAGAUUCAAACGUCCAGAAACACAUCAUUGAAACCACAAAAUAUCUCCAUACUGCUCGUCCGUAGUGAUCCAAGUGUCCCGAAGCCCCGACAUCAAAAGUCGUCAUCUGAACUCUGUUUUUAGACUCACUGUAGCCUGGGUUAGGGUUAGGGUUAGGGUGUGUGCACUUGGGUGAGACCUUUGAAAGCACGUGAACACACAUGAAGACGGUGCCCAUGUCUCACGGCCUCAAGUGCACACACGUCUUCAGUGGCCUCUGGCUCAUCUGUGGUGUCUCACUGUCUCUGUGUCUCACACUUCCACUGCUGUGGUUCAGAAACGUUGUCACUGGAUUAUAAUGUGUUCAUCACACUCAUGUUGCAUCUGGUAAAGAUGGAGCUCAUUAGAUGUUUUUAAUGAGAGUGUGUGUGUGUGUGUGUGUGUGUGUGUGCGUGUGCACAAAAUAAAUGUUUGGAUUCACUCAAACAAACUCUCCUGUUUCCUCCUCCAUCCUGCCUCAGAUAUUUUACCCAGACUCCUCAUCACCUCCAUUUUAUGUCUCAUUAACUGUACCCUCCCAUUUGCUUCAUCAUGGUGCCUUCGGUCUCACCUGGUGUUUUGUUAUCUGUUGAAGUGCAGCUGCUCUUAAAAAGAUAUCGAUCAUUCUGUAGAGAGCAGCUGAGUGAGAGUGAGUUCAGUCACAGAUGGGCAAAAAUACAUCAAAAUGUAUUUUAAUACAAAAUACCCCUCCAAUAAAUGUAUCAAAAUAAAAUACAUGUAUUUUGUAUUUUCAAACACAGAAAAUACUUUUUCUUGUUUUCUCUUUAGCAGUGACCUGCAGCUCUGUCAGUCGGUCGGUCAGUCCACAAAGCUUUUCAUGAAUAACUCAAAAAGUCCUUGACCAAAAAUGCUCAAAAUGUACAUGCUGCAAUUAGAGACCAUGAGUAACGAUGCCAGAAAGAACGGCCAUGAUUCAUCCAUUAAUGGCGUGAUAGAAGCAAAUUUGCUCUUGUUUUCUCACAGUUUGGUGAAGCAGAGAAUUCAGGUUUGGGCUGUAGGCUACCCUAAAAUAUUAUUUAUUGAUUCAGAUUUAGAUUCAGACAACUUUAUUGAUCCCACGUGAGGCAAUCCAUUUGUAGCAUACUCACCCCGAGCAUCAACCACAACAACAUACAGUUUCCUAUGUGAUGCACAGUCCAGUGAAACAGACCACGAAGUCACUGAAGGGCCCAAGUUUGA